AAAACCCGGAAGUUUUCAAAAGAGUUGUGCAUUUCUUCAGAACAGUGGAGUAGUGAGUGUGUGAAGUGAGGAGAGCAGCCGUAGGACCAUGGCCCUGCACAUCCUCCACCAGUGCUCCCGGGGGUUCAGUCCUGCCCGGGUUUGUGUGCGCUUCUCCGGCCUCUCCGCGCGCGCACAGCCGCAUCUGCAGCGCGUGCACAGGUUCAUCCACCGCACGAGUCACGGCUCCGGAGAGUCCAGCUCCAGCUCCAGACUGUGGCUCUACGGGCUCUAUGGGCUCGGGCUCGGGGGCGCUGUCACCUUUGCAGUGGCUCUUAAGUCCCGCAGAGAUUUAGCGGAGAGUCCCGGGGAUUGUGAGCGGACAGAUGCUGCAGGAUACAGAGGAGCCGUGGAGACGAGCCGAGAGCUGCUGCAGCGGAUCCAGGUCAGUGCGGAGGUGGGCGCCCCGGGGCUCGUGGUGGGAGUCUCUGUGGACGGUGUACAGGUUUGGUCUGAAGGAAUUGGACUUGCAGACCUGGAGAACCGUGUGCCUUGCACACCUGACACUGUGAUGCGCAUCGCGAGCGUCAGUAAAGCUCUGACCGCCACAGCUGCGGCGCGUUUGUGUCAAGAAGGAAAACUGAAACUGGACGAGCCUGUGCAGAAGUACGUCCCCGAGUUCCCCAAGAAACAGUUUGAGGGGAAAGAGGUGACCAUAACUCCACGGAUGCUCAUGUCUCACGUGAGCGGGAUUCGACACUACGAGAAGGAUGGGAAGAAAGUGAGACGGGAACUGGAGAAACCUCUGGAGGAGAGGACGAGCGAGUUUGAGCCGGAGUUUGACGAGUAUUACCUCAAAGAUCGCUACAACAGCGUCAUCGAUUCACUGAACUUUUUCAAAGACGACCCUCUCAUUUUCAAACCAGGCACCACGUACCUGUACUCCUCCCACGCCUUCAUCCUGCUCAGUGCUGUGAUGGAAAGAGCCGGUGCAGUGCCUUAUCUGGACCAAAUGGGGGCGAUGUUUCGUGACUUGGGCAUGUUCCACACUGUGCCAGACAAGAACGACCCCCUCAUCUACCACCGCUCCAGGUUCUACCAUCUGAACAAAAAACGCCGAGUGGUGAACACCCCGUACGUGGACAACUCCUGCAAAUGGGGCAGCGGCGGCUUCCUGUCGACCGCCGGGGACCUGCUUCGGUUUGGAAAUGCUCUCCUGUACAGCUAUCAGAUUACGAAGCUCAAGGACACGGAGGGGAUGCUGCCCGGCUUUCUCAAACCAAACACUGCUCGGGAACUGUGGACUCCCGUGACGAAGACGGAAGGAAGCUGGGAUAAAGACGGACAGUACGCGCAGGGUUGGUUAGUUGUGGAGGAAGAGCAGAAGUACGGGCAGUGCAGGAAGCGCAGGCACUACGUCUCGCACACGGGGGCCGCUGUGGGGGCCAGCAGCGUGCUCUUGGUGUUACCUGCGGAGAAACUCGAGCAGAAGAAGCAGCUGCCUCAAGGUGUGGUGGUCUCUAUUAUUAUGAAUAUGCAGUUUGUGUAUUUAUACGAGACUGCACAGGCUAUUGCGCACGAGUUUGAACGAGCCAGACUCCAAAAGAUGUGAGAUUGGUUACUGCCUCCUUUCUGAUUUCUUACUUUUUUGCAUGUGCAUAUUAAACAAAGAUAACCCAAAUAAACAUAAGAUGCAGUUUCUCUGUGAUGGUUUUAUUUGUUAAGAGAAAAAUACUACCCAAGCCUACAUGAUCCUGUGUGAAAAAGUAACGGUUAAAUGAUGAGGUAUCUGUGAUUAAUCAUAUUAUUGUCGAAAGCUGAGUUCGGUUUCAGUGCCACACCCAGACCUGAUGCCGCCAGACGUUUCAAAUCAAGAGAUCACUUAAAUAGAACCUGUCUGUCAAGGUGAAGUAGACCGUACUGUGAACCCAAGACAUCAUGCCGCGAUCCAAACAAAUUCAGGAGGAGAUAAAACGUAAUUGACAUGUCUCAAUUUGAAAAAGGUUUCAAAGUAGUUUCUAAAUCUUUGGGACUCUAUCCAACUACGGUGAGAGCCAUGAUCCACAACAGGAGAAGGCACGGGACAGCGGUGAACCUUCCCACGAACGGCCGAGCUACAAAAAUUACCCCAAGAGCAGAGCGACGACUGAUCCAAGAAGUCACAAAGGAACAACUGCAGGAUUCACUCGCCUCAGUAAAGGUCAGUGUUUAUGAUUCAACCAUUAGAAAGAGACGAGGCAAAAAUGGCACGCACGGCAGAGUUCUAAGGCGGACGAUACUGCUGACAAAAAGAACAUAAAGGCUCGUCUAGUUUUUUGCCAAAAAGCAUCUAUGAUCCCCUAACGUUUUGGGAAAAUAUUCUGUGGUACUGAUGAAACAAAUAUCAAGCUUUUAGAAGGAGUGAAUCCCGUUACAUCUGUCAUAAAAUGAACACAGCAUCUGAUAAAAAGAACCUCAUGCCAACCGUGAAAUAUAGUAGCAGUAGUGUCAUGGUUUGUAGCUUUGUCGCUUCAGGAUCUGGGCGAUUUUCUGUAAUUGAAGGAACCAUGAACUCUGCUCUCUACCAACAAAUCCUGAAGGAAUGUCCAACCAUCAGUUCAUGACCUCAAACUGAAGCGCACUUGGACUCUGCAGCAGGACAAUGAUCCAAAGCACACAGGCAAGUCCACUUCUGAAUGGCUUAAAAAAAACAAACGAGGGUUUUGGAGCAGCUUAGUCAAAGUCCAGACCUGAACUCAAUUGAGAAGCUGUGGCACGACUUUAAAAAUGCAGUUCAUGCUCAGACACCCUCGUGUGGCCGAUUUAAAACAAUUCUGCAAAGAAGAGUGGGCCAGAAUUCCUCUACAGCGACGUGAAAGAGUCAUUGCUAAUAAUCACAAAUGCUUGUCUGGAGUUGUUGCUGCUAAGCGUGGUUGAACCAGUUCUUAGGUUUAGGGAGCAAUUAGGUUUAGGGA